AUGGAGAAACCUCCGGCCCUGGACCUCUACGACGAGACCACAGACCCUGAUGAUCAUAUUCGGAGCAUCGAAGCCGUCAUGGACUAUCACGUGGUCCGAGGAUCCAUCAAAUGUCAGAUCUUCCCGACCACACUCAGAAAGGGAGCGAUGACCUGGUACAAGAACCUUCCUCCCAACUCCAUCCACUCCUGGGCAGAACUCAAGAAGUUCUUCUCCAACCACUUCAGGGCCUCUCGCCGACAACCGAAAUCUGAGGCGACCCUCGAAGCUGUCAUCCAGGGUACCGACGAGCCUCUCUGGGAAAAUCUCGAUAGGUUCAACAAAGAGGUCGUCCAGGUGCAAACAACCGACCAUAUGAAGAGAUACCUCCUCGAACGAGGGCUACUCCCCGGGAGCGACUUCAAGAAGAUCAUCAAAAUUGAGAAGGUACGCACCAUGGACGCCCUCCUCCUCAAAGCCCAAGCUUACAUUGCUUUCGAGGAAGGCGAAGUGGCUGUGAAGAAAGCCUCAAGAGUCAAUGACACUGCCCGUAGCUCGAGCCAAGACUAUUCUCUUUCGCGCCGAGGCCACGAAAAAAGAAAAGAUGACAAGCCCCGCGACACGAAGGAACACAGAGGACCAACUGGUCAUUUCAGUGACUACACCCCCCUGAACAUUUCACGCGAACGAAUUCUGGCCGAAUGCAAGAGCACCGAGUUUAAAAACUCCAGGGUCAAGCCCCCGAGGCCAAAUCCCACCAAGCCAGGGACUGACAAGUCCAAAUACUGCAAGUAUCACAAGAGCCACGGGCACCUGACCGACGAAUGCAUCCACCUCUAA